UCAGUCUCCGUGUUCAGAUCGGAGGCAUUUUUUUUCACCAUGACAACAAAAAGAACGAUUUCAGUAUACUCAGUCCUUACUUUGCUGUCAAUAUUAUUGUUAUCAUUUGUCAAUCUAACCUCGGGAGUUAAAUUAUCGAGGCUAGAAAAUUUUGACACUUGUGGUGGAGAAUUUUCCGGCUAUCAGUAUUCAAUAACAAGUCCAAAUUAUCCCCAUAAUUAUUCGGAAAAUCAAGAUUGUGUUUACAAGUUACAUGGAAGUCCAUUUGCCAAGUGCGAUCAAAUAUUUCACAUCCAGUUUUUGAAUUUCACAUUACGCUCGUCAAAAAAUUGCGAGCUGGAUUAUCUGACAAUCGAAGAUCGCAGUGUAUUUUGCGGAAGUGUCGCCGGUGUAAGAAGUUAUCCAAGUAAAAAUAAUACCCUGACAAUACGUUUUCACAGUGACAGUGGCUCCGACAAAGGAUUCAAAAUAUUAAUAACUACUUUACCAUGUUCAAAUUUUCAAAAUCAAUUGACAACUCAACCACCUGAAUCAGUAACAAAACAUCCAAAUAUUGAUUACGAAAAAGUUUAUCCAGUUUAUCGGCCAAAUAAUGUUUUUACUGCCGAAGACAUUAAACCUAAUAAACAAUUGUCUUCUGACAGCUCAAAAAAUAAUAAUGACCAAAAUAAUUAUUUGGAAACUUCGCCAAAAAUAACUGCCUAUUUUUACGAAGCUCCAAAUUUUGAUUCUGAGUCAUUUGACUCAUUUACCGAGUUAUCAGACAAUAACAAAAGUAAUAACAACAACAAUAAUAUUGAGAAAUUGAAUUUAAGUUUAAAACCUUCGACAGAAAUUUUGCUUCCGAAAUCCGAAAGUGCUUAUUAUUCAAAUAUACAGAAUUUAACAUCUACAAAGACAAAGCUAAUAAAGUCUAAGAGUACGAAUGUUGUUAAUAACAAGAGCAGGAAUAAUGAAAAGUUAGUAGUAGCGUAUAAUUCCUAUGGUGUGCCGGCAGGGAAACCCUACGCUCCAUUACCCGGGUACUCGCCAGCUCAAAUUCAAACGGGUGAAGUGUCAGAAAAUGAAAGGUAUAAUAUUGAUUGUGAUGGUAAGAUAAAUAUUCCUACUAGAAUUCCAUUAUCUGAACAGACUUUUGAUGAUCCUCCAGUGUUUAAUAAUAAUUAUCCAUCAAGUGUUGCUUUACCAGGAAUAAAUUUAUAUCCUGCAACUAAUUACGGCGCUCCUGGUUCACCAAUUCCACCACCGCCAGCUUCUAAUCCACCCUUUAUUCCAAGUGACAAUGAUUACAAUAAUAACGACAAUAACAACGGCUUAGUCGACCACCUUUUGAUUCCACCGAGGCCUAAUUUCGAUGGCAAUAUUAAUUUUAAUAAUAAUAAUAAUAAUUUUAUCCCAUCAACAAAUAUUGAAAGCUUACCACAAUUUCGUCAAUGCUGCAACAAUCAAUACAACUUUCAAAAAUUUCUGAUCGUAAGUCCAGGAUUUCCGUCAGUAUCUAACUCAGCGAAUUAUUACGAUUGCUUUUACAAAAUAAACCCUCUUCCGAAUGCAUGCAGACUUCGAUUAAACUUCAAGUACUUUAAUUACGGAAACGAUGAUCCGUUUUGUUCUAAUGGAUACGUAGAAAUUGACGGACGGAAAUAUUGCGGCUGUAAAACAGGAUUAUCUUUAGUGACCAAGGUAAUUAAUUGCACGCCCAAAUUAAUUCACGUCCGUUACUCUGGCUAUCCACGAACUAAAUUCAGCGGAUUCGUUAUCGAAGUGACACAAGAAUUUCCUCCAGCUUACAAUUAUCCAUAUCUAUCACGGAGCAAAAAAUCUGCUGAAAAUUUGACAAAAACCGAAAUUUUGAACAUUACUAAGGAAAGUGCGACAGAUCGAGUUAAACGUGAACUAGGGUACUCGUAUCCAAAGCCAAACAUAGUUUUCAAUGAACGUAUUCCAAAUCAUGGAGAAAUAGGUACUAUUAUUAAUGGUUUCGUGUCAAACGCAGCUUGUCAGACUUUGAAUUUCGUGAGCUGGACACUGGCUAGUAAGGAAGUUAAUUUACGUGGUGCUAGAUGUUUUUGGAAUAAUGGAAAUGGACAAGCGCCUGGUUUAAUAGUGUAUCCUGGUAAUGUAAACAAUGGUUAUCUACCACCAAAUAAUCUACCUGGAAUUAUAAAUUCAGGAUUACCAUCAUCAAAGCCAAAUUACCCAUCAUCAAAUCCAGGAUAUUUACCACCAGUACCAAACUAUCCAAAUAUAAAUGAAAAUAUUGAUGUACCACCAGUGUCAGUAAUUUCAAAUCCUGGAUUACCGCCAACAAAUUCACCAAACGCAAAUUAUCCAAAUUCAGGAAUCGGAAUCCCUUCAGGCAGUUGUAAAUUAGUCAGCGUCAAAGAAGGCAUAAUAUCAUCUCCAUUCUAUCCAUCAGCUUACCAAAAUAAUCUGAACGCCUGUUACCGGUUUAUCCGUGCGCCAAACCAGUGCAAACUCCAAUUAUCCAUUUUGGACUUCGAUUUGGAAAACAGCCUCGGCUGCACCAAGGACUUUGUAAUCUUCGGCAACCAAUUCACCCGAUACUGCGGGCGGUCUGUAGCUGGUAGUAAAACGUUAUUGAAUUUCCCACGCAAUGACAUUAUCGACAUAAGAUUUGUUACGGAUUCAUAUGGGACAGGGAGGGGUUUCAAUAUUGCGUUCACACAAGUUCUAUGUACAAUUGGAUAAUCAAUCGAUUAAAAACUUAA